AUGACGCAGCAGCAGACGUUGCGUUUCCGCGGCCCUGCUCCUCCUCCAACCCCAGUGAUGCGUGGUCCACCCCCACUUCUCAGACCCCCGCCUCCCCCUUUCGGUAUGAUGAGAGGGCCCCCGCCACGGGGGCCACCAUUUGGGCGCCCACCAUUUGACCCUAGCAUGCCACCCAUACCCCCACCAGGAGGCAUGCCCCCGCAGCUCGGACCCCCUCACCUACAGGUACUCCUGCCAGUGAUGCAAGGAUAUUUUUAAAAACAUUUAGCCCAUCUAUUCUAUAGUAUGAAAGCAUUGAGAGCCAGAACAUCAGAGACUGCACAGUUUGUAUAAAAUGCUUGAAAUUUAAAUGUUUUUCAGAGACCUCCUUUCAUGCCCCCUCCGAUGGGCGGCAUGCCCCCACCCCCAGGGAUGCUAUUCCCCCCUGGAAUGCCCCCAGUACCAGGAGCUGGAGCUCCUACUCUGCCCCCUGCUGAUGAGAUCUGGGUGGAGAACAAGACACCGGAGGGAAAGGUAAAGAAUGGCCUUUUACAUUGUUCUCUAAUAUUUCAACCUACCGGAAUGAAUAUUUUCCUGCGUUUCCCUCAUAAGUUAUAGAUAGGUGGUUGUUUAGCAACAAAACUGAGGCGUGCGAAACACACUGGGUUGGCUUAGAUUGUUGACGUGUAAACUAUAUUUCUUCUCCAAUGUUUAUUGAAAACAUAAAUAGAUUUUCAUAAUGGGCAUUUAGUCUCUCAAAUAAUUGUUAGUGUUUAUUAGCUAACUAGCGAUUUUUUUGCCAUAUUAGCGUAGACAUGACAUCAGACAAAAUCAAAUCAAAUGUCAUUUGUCACAUGCGCCGAAUACAACCGGUGUAGACCUUACUGUGAAAUGCUUACUUGCAAGCCCUUAACCAACAAUGCAGUUUUAAGUAAAUAAAGUAAAAAAUAAUAAAAAGUAACACAAUAAAAUAACAAAUGAGGCUAUAUACAGGGGGUACCGAGUCAAUGUGCGGGGGUACAGGUUAGUUGAGGUAAUUUGUACACGUAGGUAGGGGUAAAGUGCCUAUGCAUAGAUAAACAGCAAGUAGCAUUAGUGUAAAAAGGGGGGGGGGGGGGGGUCAAUGCAAAUAGUCCAGGUGGCCAUUUCAUUAAUUGUUCAGCAGUCUUAUGGCUUGGGGGUAGAAGCUGUUAAGGAGCCUUUUGGACCUAGACUUGGCGCUCCGGUACCGCUUGCCUUGCGGUAGCAGAGAGAACAGUCUAUGACUUGGGUGACUGGAGUUUGUUACACAUUUUUGGGCCUUCCUCUGACGGCACCUAGUAUAUAGGUCCUGGAUGGCAGGAAGCUUGGCCCAAGUGAUUUACUGGGCAGUACACAAUACCUUCUGUAGCACCUUACGGUCGGAUGCUGAGCAGUUGCCAUACCAGGCGGUGAUGCAACCGGUCAGGAUGCUCUCGAUGGUGCAGUUGUAGAACUUUUUGAGGAUCUGGGGACCCAUGCCAAAUCUUUUCAGUCUCCUGAGGGGGAAAAGGCGUUGUCGUGCCCUCUUCACGACUUUCUUGGUGUGUUUGGACCGUGAUUGUUUGUUGGUGAUGUGGACAGCAAGGAACUUGAAAUUCUCGACCCACUCCAUGGGGGUGUGUUCAGCCCUCCUUUUCCUGUAGUCCACGAUCAUCUCCUUUGUCUUGCUCACGUUGAGGGAGAGGUUGUUGUCCUGGCACCACACUGCCAGGUCUCUGACCUCUUCCCUAUAGGCUGUCUCAUCGUUGUCGGUGAUCAGUCCUACCAGGGCAGUGUGGAGUGCGAUUGAGAUUGCGUCAUCUGUUGGGGCGGUAUGCAAAUUGGAGUGGGUCUAGGGUUUCCGGGAGUUACACCUGGCGCCGACGAAGAUGGCGGCCUCGCAACUAGCUCUUAGGAAACUUUGCGUAAUUUUUUUUUUUUUUUUUUUUUUUUUACAUUACAUACAGCCGGGAAAAACUAUUGUAUAUCAGAGCGGCGGUAACUCACCAGAACUACCAGCAUUACGACCAGGAAUACGACUUUCCCGAAGCAGAUCCUUUGUUUGCUCUCCCCAGGGCAAUUGAACUGAUUCCAGCGGCUGACCCAAAACAUCGCCGGCGGAGGAGAGGCACUCGGAGCGGCCUGCUGGUUCGACUUAGGAGGCGCGCACACCACCCACCGCUUCCAAGUAUAUUACUCGCUAAUGUUCAGUCUUUGAAUAACAAAGUCGACGAGCUCAGGGCAAGGAUUUAUUUCCAGAGAGACAUCAGGGCCUGUAACAUACUUUGUUUCACGGAAACAUGGCUCUCUCGUGAUAUUCUGUCAAAAUCGGUCCAGCCAGAUGGGUUCUCAGUCCAUUGCGCAGACAGAAAUAAAUAUCUCUCCGGGAAGCAGAAGGGCGGAGGUGUGUGUUUCAUGAUUAACGACUCAUGGUGUAAUUGUAGUAACAUACAGGAACUCAAGUCCUUUUGUUCACCCGACCUAGAAUACCUCACAAGCAAAUGCCGACCGUAUUAUCUCCCAAGAGAAUUUUCAUCGGUUAUAGUCACGGCCGUGUAUAUUCCCCCCCAAGCCGAUACCACGACGGCCCUCAAAGAACUUCACUGGACUUUAUGCAAACUGGAAACCACAUAUCCUGAGGCUGCAAUUAUUGUAGGUGGGGAUUUUAACAAAGCAAAUUAGAGGACUAGGCUGCCGAAGUUCUAUCGACUGUUGUACUCGGGCUGCUAAAAUUCUCGAACAUUGCUAUUUGAACUUCCGGGAUACUUAUUAGGCCCUCCCCCGCCCUCCUUUCGGCAAAUCUGACCACGACUCCAUUUUGCUCCUCCCUUCCUAUAGGCAGAAACACAAAAAAUAAGUAAACGUGCUAAGGACUAUUCAACGCUGGUCUGACCAAUCGGAAUCCACGCUUCAAGAUUGUUUUGAUCACGCAAUUUGGGAUACAGUGAGGGGAAAAAAGUAUUUGAUCCCCUGCUGAUUUUGUACGUUUGCCCACUGACAAAGAAAUGAUCAGUCUAAUUUUAAUGGUAGGUUUAUUUGAACGGUGAGAGACAGAACAACAACAACAAAAUCCAGAAAAACGCAUGUCAAAAAUGUUAGAAAUUGAUUUGCAUUUUAAUGAGGGAAAUAAGUAUUUGACCCCUCUGGAAAACAUGACUUAGUACUUGGUGGCAAAACCCUUGUUGGCAAUCAGAGGUCAGACGUUUCUUGUAGUUGGCCACCAGGUUUGCACACAUCUCAUGAGGGAUUUUGUACCACUCCUCUUUGCAGAUCUUCUCCAAGUCAUUAAGGUUUCGAGCCUGACGUUUUGCAACUCGAACCUUCAGCUCCCUCCACAGAUUUUCUAUGGGAUUAAGGUCUGGAGACUGGCUAGGCCACUCCAAGACCUUAAUGUGCUUCUUCUUGAGCCACUCCUUUGUUGCCUUGGCCGUGUGUUUUGGGUCAUUGUCAUGCUGGAAUACCCAUCCACAACCCAUUUUCAAUGCCCUGGCUGAGGGAAGGAGGUUCUCACCCAAGAUUUGACGGUACAUGGCCCCGUCAAUCGUCCCUUUGAUGCGGUGAAGUUGUCCUGUCCCCUUAGCAGAAAAACACCCCCAAAGCAUAAUGUUUCCACCUCCAUGUUUGACAGUGGGGAUGGUGUUCUUGGGGUCUCCUCUGAAUCAUUCAGAUGUUCAUUGGCGAACUUCAGACGGUCCUGUAUAUGUGCUUUCUUGAGCAGGGGGACCUUGCGGGCGCUGCAGGAUUUCAGUCCUUCACGGCGUAGUGUUACCAAUUGUUUUCUUGGUGACUAUGGUCCCAGCUGCCUUGAGAUCAUUGACAAGAUCCUCCCGUGUAGUUUUGGGCUGAUUCCUCACCGUUCUCAUGAUCAUUGCAACUCCACGAGGUGAGAUCUUGCAUGGAGCCCCAGGCCGAGGGAGAUUGACAGGUCUUUUGUGUUUCUUCCAUUUGCGAAUAAUCGCACCAACUGUUGUCACCUUCUCACCAAGCUGCUUGGCGAUGGUCUUGUAACCCAUUCCAGCCUUGUGUAGGUCUACAAUCUUGUCCCUGACAUCCUUGGAGAGCUCUUUGGUCUUGGCCAUGUUGGAGAGUUUGGAAUCUGAUUGAUUGAUUGCUUCUGUGGACAGGUGUCUUUUAUACAGGUAACAAGCUGAGAUUAGGAGCACUCCCUUUAAGAGUGUGCUCCUAAUCUCAGCUCGUUACCUGUAUAAAAGACACCUGGGAGCCAGAAAUCUUUCUGAUUGAGAGUUGGUCAAAUACUUAUUUCCCUCAUUAAAAUGCAAAUCAAUUUAUAACAUUUUUGACAUUAGUUUUUUUCUGGAUUUUUUUGUUGUUAUUCUGUCUCUCACUGUUCAAAUAAAUCUACCAUUAAAAUUAUAGACUGAUCAUUUCUUUGUCAGUGGGCAAACGUACAAAAUCAGCAGGGGAUCAAAUACUUUUUUCCCUCACUGUAUGUUCCCGGGUAGCUUGCGAAAAUAAUUUAGACAAAUACACUGAAACGGUGACUGAGUUUAUCAGGAAGUGUAUAGGAGAUGUUGUGCCCACUGUGACUAUUAAAACCUACCCUAUCCAGAAACCGUGGAUAGAUGGCAGCAUUCGCGCAAAACUGAAAUGGGAACUGGGAAUAUGGCAGAAUACAAACAGUGUAGCUAUUCACUCCGCAAGGCAAUUAAACAGGCAAAACAUCAGUAUAGAGACAAAGUGGAGUCGCAAUUCAACGGCUCCGACACGAGACCUAUGUGGCAGGGUCUACAGACAAUCACUGACUACAAAAGGAAAACCAGCCACGUUUGGAGGAAAAGGGGGGAAUGCUUGCAAGACGAAGAACACCAUCCCAACCGUGAAGCACGGGGGUGGCAUCAUCAUGCUGUGGGGGUGCUUUGCUGCAGGAGGGACUGGUGCACUUCACAAAAUAGAUGGCAUCAUGAGGAAGGAAAAUUAUGUGGAUAUAUUGAAGCAACAUCUCAGUCAGGAAGUUAAAGCUUGGUCGCAAAUGGGUCUUCCAAAUGGACGAUGACCCCAAGCAUACUUCCAAAGUUGUGGCAAAAUGGCAUAAGGACAACAAAGUCAAGGUAUUGGAGUGGCCAUCACAAAGCCCUGACCUCAAUCCUAUAGAACAUUUGUGGGCAGAACUGAAAAAGUGUGUGCGAGCAAGGAAGCCUACAAACCUGACUCAGUUACACUAGCUCUGUCAGGAGGAAUGGGCUAAAAUUCAACCAACUUAUUGUGGGAAGCUUGUGGAAGGCUACCCAAAACGUUUGACCCAAGUUAAACAAUUUAAAGGCAACGCUACCAAAUACUAAUUGAGUGUAUGUAAACUUCUGACCCAUUGGGAAUGUGAUGAAAGAAAUAAAAGCUGAAAUAAAUCAUUCUCUCUACUAUUAUUCUGACAUUUCACAUUCUUAAAAUAAAGUGGUGAUCCUAACUGACCUAAGACAGGGAAUUUUUACUAGGAUUAAAUGUCAGGAAUUGUGAAAAACUGAGUUUAAAUGUAUUUAGCUAAGGUGUAUGUAAACUUCCCACUUACAUUUACAUUUUAGUCAUUUAGCAGACGCUCUUAUCCAGAGCGACUUAGUUAGUGAGUGCAUACAUUUUCAUACUGGCCCCCCGUGGGAAACGAUCCCACAACCCUGGCGUUGCAAGCGCCAUGCUCUACCAACUGAGCUACACGGGGCCUUCAACAGUAUAUUCUUAUUCCAUUCCUUUACUUAGAUUUGUGUGUAUUAGGUUUUUGUUGUAGAACUGUUAGAUAUUACUUGCUAGAUAUGGCUGCACUGUCGGGACUAGAAGCACAAGCAUUUUGCUACACUCACAAUAACAUCUGCUAACCAUGUGUAUGUGACAAAUACAUUUGAUUUGUAUCAAGAACAAGAUACAACUAGCUGAAACAAGCUACCUAAGAUUCCCCACAUGGCAGCUUCUUGUCAUUGUUGCCAGCUAUCUGGCCAUCCCAGAAUCCCAACACCGCACAGACUUCUGCUCCAUUGAAGCGUGCACAUCGUUUUCGUGACAUUUUUACAUUGUUUUUUUUUUGACGUUGUAAGCUAACCCGUCUAUGUCCUCCUACCCUUCCCCCUAGGCGUACUACUACAAUGCCAGGACUCGAGAGUCAGCCUGGAGCAAACCUGAGGGGGUGAAGGUGAUCCAGCAGUCAGAGCUCAACCCUGUUAUGGUGACCCCGGCUGGAACAGGAGCCUCCUCCAGUAGCAUCACAGCUGCCAGCACUGCAGCUGCCAUACCCUCCCCAGUGUCCACACAGGCCCCCUCCCCAUCCAGCACCAUGACCACAAGCCCAGUCUCCAACACCACCACCACCGUGUCCCAGACCGUUGCUAGUGAGUACAUAAAUGGUAGAGGGACAUCUGGAUCCCAUCAAAAAGCAUUUGGCUUUAGACGGGUCUGACCUGAUUUGGUGAAGUUCACAAAGUUGGUAAUGGGUUGUUUUCUGCUUGCCUAUGGUUAGUUUUACUAUAUGACCAGACUGUGUGUUGUAACUCUCUGCUGGUCUUUGUCCAGCUUCUGCUGCUACAGAUCUGCAGCCUGUGGACUCCGUCCCCUCCAGUGUUGCAGUGACCAUCAGUGUAGCCACCGUGCCAGCCUCGGUGACACCAGUCCAGACCAUGUCCCUGCUGCCCCAGAGUCUCCCGACUGGCAUGUCCCACCACGCCAUGUCCCAGCCUCACACGGCCACUAUCCCAGGCUUCCCCCCAGGGGUCAUGCACCCCUUCAGAGUGCCUCUACCAGGCAUGCACAUCCCACUGCCCGGUAAGACAUGAUAAGCUAACUCCUCAUCCCAACCCCCCCCCCCCCCCCCCCCCCUAACCCUUUUUAACAUUACUGCCUCUCCACCUGUUUCCAUACUUUGUCAUGUGUCAUCUCUUCAUUUCUUUGUCAUCUUAAUUUUAGGUCUCUUAUUUUAAUCUCCCGUAAAAGUGAUAGGUUAAAACAAUUAUUGUAGAGGUAGAAUGGUCUUGGUCUUGGUCAAGGCUGGAGUGAUAAUUAGGCAUAUCAAUUCAACUUGUGUUUCUACUUUGUUUUUUAUUAUUCUUGAAAUGUUUCCUCUGGCACUUAAAAUUAGGGCCAAAUUCGAGCUGGUUCGAAUGGAAUUCUCAAAUUCAAGCUGGGUCGAGGGAAACCCGGGCCAGUGCAGCCCAGUUUCACAACUGGUGCCAGCUCGAUUAGAAUUUGGGCUGGUAAUGCCCUUACUAUGCAACCACCAAGCUGAUUACUGCUGAAUGCUGACACAACAUUUAGCUGGCUUGUCUGGGCUCGUUGCUCUUAGCUAGCACAUAGACAAGCAUUACUGCAGUAGACAGACAUGACACAAAUUCCACCAUAGCUGGAUCCUUCAUUCAUUUUUGCUCUACGCAAACUUUUGAGAACAGUCAGCCCUCAAAUGCUAGCUACCUAACGUUAGCUAGUAAAUCCGAGUUGAAACAAGCAAGCAACUAGCUAACAUGCACUAGCAGCAAUUUUAGCUGGCCAGGUUGUAUUGAAAGCUAGCUAGCUACAUCAUAUCAAACAUGUCUGGUUUGUUUGGUUAGCUAGCUAGCAAAUAGUCAACGCCAGGGUAGUGGGUUCGAUCCCCAGGACCACCCAUACUAGCCGGCCGCGACCGGGAGACUCAUGGGGCGGCGCACAAUUGGCCCAGCGUCGUCGAGGGUAGGGGAGGGAAUGGCCAGCAGGGAUGUAGCUCAGUUGGUAGAGCAUGGCGUUUGCAACGCCAGGGUUGUGGGUUCGAUUCCCACGGGGGGCCAGUAAUAAUGUAUGCACUCACUAACUUUCGCUUUGGAUAAAAAUUGUCUGCUAAAUGGCUUAUUAUUAUGGCAAGCAAGGUAGGAAUUAAGCUAGCUAGCCUGUUAUGCUAGCGACGACGCUAACCGUUUAGCUUGCUAACGUAAGCAAGCUAAAUAAAUGGCUGGCACUGGCAGGAGUAUGGGGUAACGUUAGUUACAGCACGGUGAGGGGGGAAUUAAAUUAUUCUAACAUCUUGCUAGCUAGCUAGCUAGCAACAUUGGCAAUGCCAGUUGCAGUCACAUAUUGGCUACCUAACAACAUGACAUCAUUUUACACUGAACAAAAAUAUAAACGCAAUAUGUUAAGUGUUGGUCCCAUUUAUCAUUAGCUGAAAUAAAAUAUCCCAGAAAUGUUCCAUAUGCACAAAAGGCUUUUUCGCUCAAAUUUUGUGCACAAAUUGGUUUACAUCCCUGUUAGUGAGCAUUUAUCCUCUGCCAAGAUAAUCAUCCACCUGACAGGUGAAGCUGAUUAAACAGCAUGAUCAUUACACAGGUGCACCUUGUGCUGGGUACAAUAACAGUUCACUAAAAUGUGCAAGUUUGUCACACAACACAAUGCCACAGAUGUGUCAAGUUGAGGGAGUGUGCAAUUGUCAUGCUGACUGCAGGAAUGUCCACUAGAGCUGUUGCCAGAUAAUUGAAUGUUAAUUUCUCUACCAUAAGCCGCCUCCAAUGUUGUUUUAGAGAAUUUGGCAGUACCUCCAACCAGCUUCACAACCGCAGACCACGUACGUGUAUGGUGUCAUGUGGGCGAGCGUUUUGCUUAUGUCAACGUUUUCAACAGAGUGCCACAUGGUGGCGGUUGGGUUAUGUAAUGGGAAGGCAUAAGCUACGGACAACGAACACAAUUGCAUUUUAUCUAUGGCAAUUUGAAUGCACAUAGAUACCGGGACAAGAUCCUGAGGCCCAUUGUCGUGCCAUUCAUCCGCUGCCAUCACCUCAUGUUUCAGCAUGAUAACGCACGGCCUCAUGUCGCAAGGAUCUGUACAAAAUUCCUGGAAGUUGAAAAUGUCCCAGUUCUUCCAUGGCCUGCAUACUCACCAGACAUGUCACCCAUUUAGCAUGUUUGGGAUGCUCUGGUUUGACGUGUACAACAGCGUGUUCCAGUUCCCGCCAAUAUCCAGCAACUUCACACAGCUAUUGAAGAGGAGUGGGACAACAUUCCACAGGCCACAAUCAACAGCCUGAUCAACUCUAUGCGAAGGAGAUGUCACGCUGCGUGAGGCAAAUGGUGGUCACACCAGAUACUGACUUGUUUUCUGAUCCACACCCCUACCUUUUCUUUAAGGUAUCUAUGACCAACAGAUGCAUAUCUGUAUUCCCAGUCAUGUGAAAUCCAUAGAUUAGGGCCUAAUUAAUUGAUUUCAACUGACUGAUGUCCUUUAUAUGAACUGUCAUUCUGUAAAAUAUUUGAAAUUGUUGCAGGUUGCGUUUUAUGUUUUUGUUCAGUUAGUUUUUUCUUGCACUGUAAUUAUUGCAGAAACAAGUCACUUGCAGUCCUGUAGAUGGCAGCAUUGCUCAAGUUCAGAAAAGGGUCAUGUAGGCAUCUGGAGAACAAAUGCAGCAGCAAAUUCAAAGGCUUUUGACACACUGUCUUAUAAGGAAAGAGGCCGUUCAUUUUAGACGACUCACUCUUCAUUCUUAAAUUAAUUUAAAUAUAAAAAUGUUAACAACAUUUUUAGUUCAAUCCUCUGCCCAUCUACAUGACCAAAUUAGCACGUUAUUCAUCCAUCUGGUUGUUGCCAGGAAGAUAAUACUAAUGUGGUUUUAUCAAAGUCAUAUAAUGGUUGUGGGCCUAGUUUUUAAAUGUAUUGUGUCAAUAGUUGUCUGCCUUGCCAUGGCACCUGGCACCUCUUCUCCUGUGUCCCAACAACAUGCUUGCUUGCUUGUCCGUUCUUGCAGGUGUAGCAAUGAUGCAGAUAGUAGGCGCUCCCUAUAUAAAGACAGUCUCCCCCAACAAUAACGGUAAUUCUUUCAAACGUCUCCAGUCAGUAUUCUGUUAGAUGGCAUGUUAGUGAUGUGUUGUGAAAAUGAUGCUUAUUAUUUUUUUACCACUUAGGCACUGCCAAACAAUGUGAAGUAUUGCUGUCGUAUCUUUUUCCUUCAUAUUUCUUCAACAUUAGUGAGUUAGACGUUUUAGGACUUUCUGUCUUGUUUAAACUAUAAAGUUCUGAUGCUUUUUUCGAGGAGAUUACGGACAGAGACAUCUCUGCCCUUGUAAUUGUGAUAAACAACCAAUUGAUAUUUGGCAUCAGUGUGAAGUCUUGUUGGACAUAACUGCAUUGUAGACUUGCAUCAGUAAUGUCGCUGUUAUACUGUUGGUUUUAGCUAGACUACUUUAGCAGGUUAAAAUGUUUCUAAGAUCAGAGUUGUAAUUUAUUUUGUAAACCGUGACAAAGGAGUAUUGGACCUUGUUUUAACAAGCAGCGCACUUCUUUUUGGUGAAGUUAUUUUCCAUUCAGUAGAUGAAAUUCACGUUAAUGUAUGGUCAUUUGAUAAUCAUUUUCUUCUUGUGGCAUGCCUUUUGUGUAUUUUUGUUAACAUCUCAGUGGCUCAGUUUAGAUGUUACCUGUGUGACUAACCAGGGAAGGUCCUUUCUUUACACUUUGAGAAUUAGGUGUAAUUGUUUGACCUAAGACCUUUUUUAUAUUUCAGGUGAAUUCUUAUGGACUCUAUCCAUCCUCAAUAUAUUUUAAGAAUAAGAGACACAAGCACUAGCAAUGAUGUCAUCAACACUGCCUCUUUUCAGCUAACCCUCCCGUGCUGUAUGUUUGGCGUUAUCAGAGCGGAAUGUCUUUAGAAGUAUUCUGUGUGUAUUUCACCUUCUACAGGUAUGCUGCCCGGCAUGGCCCCUCCCCUUGUUCCCAUGAUGCACCACCCUCAGUUGGCCCUGGCGGCGCCCGCCUUAGCAGGCCUCCAGCUCCCAGAGUGGUCCGAGUACAAAACGGCCGAUGGGAAAACGUACUACUACAACAACCGCACACUGGAGUCCACCUGGGAUAAGCCCCACGAACUACGGGAGAAAGGUUGGCUAUUUAAAGCUUGGGUCUCUCCAACCAGCUAUCAUUCUUCCUGGACUGGUUAGUGAUAUUUAAAUGUUGCAUAUCUGUGUGUGAGAUGUUGCAUGUCUAAUGUGUGUGAGUUUCCCCUCCUGUAGAGAGAGCGGCAGAGAAGGCCAAAGAGAGGCAGCAAGCCCUGGAGGAGGAGGCCAUGGAGCUGGAGGACGAGGAGCCCAAAAUAGAACCCCCUAAUGAGGGAAAAGAGGUAAGAGGAGAGCUGAAGCGGUCUAGAAGUCAGAAAGGUGGCAGCAAACAAUGAAAAGCCCUUUUUACAUCCACAGCAUUUCCAUAGCCUUACAUUUUAUAAUUUGAGAAGGUGGAUAAUUUUGAAGAAUACAGCUUAACAGUUGUUUUCCUUUCAUUGAGGAGGUUAAGGAGGAGGAGAUGACUGAAGAGGAGAAAACAGCACAGAAAGCCAAGCCAGUGGCCACUAACCCUAUCCCUGGCACUCCCUGGUAUGUACCCACUGAUGGUGAUUGAGCUAUGUGCUGUUGUAUGAGGCUGAACUUUCAUCACUCUCCUGCCCUGGUGCCCUAUUGAACGUGUGUGUGUGUGUGUGUGUGUAUAGGUGUAUUGUGUGGACCGGUGACGAGCGUGUUUUCUACUACAACCCCACCACGCGUCUCUCCAUGUGGGACCGGCCAGAUGAGCUGGUGGGGCGGGCCGACGUUGACAAGAAUAUCCAGGAACCACCUCACAAGAGAGGCCUGGAGGACGCCACCAGGAAGCUGGGUACAAACACACACACCCCACAUUUUGUUGCUGGUCUUACUGCAUUCAUUUUAGGAGAAGGUGGGAUUCAACUUUAUAUUCAAGUAUAUACAGUUUACCCAAUAGCAGUUUUACAUUUUUACAUGAGGUUGGUAAAAUUGGUAAUCCAUUUUACGAGCUGAACGGCACAGUCGGGAGGGGAAGUUUAAUUUUCAAAAGUUCCAAGCGGUCAAUAAUUUAUUUUUUUGAGACAGGGGUUUCACCAAAGCUGUGUUGUAUUCAUUAGGUACAAUGGGGUCCGAAAUGAUUGACACCCUUGAUAAAGAUGAGCAAAAAUGACUGGUGUAAAAUAAAUCAUAUACUGAGCUAUAUUGUAUGCUCAAAAAAUUGUGAAAUUAUUUUAUGCUAAAACAAUUGCUCAGAGAAAGAAAAAAUUAAAGAUCUCAACAUAUGGAUCAAAAUUGACAGCCCUGUUUUCAAUACCUUUCAAAUCAUCAGCUUGCGAGGAUAACGACCCUGAGGCUUUUUCUAAAAUGAGAACACAUUGGGAGGGAACUUUGACCUUCAUCCAUACCGAAUCCUUGAUAUCCUUUGUCUGCGCUUAUGGACUGCCCUGUUUAAUUCAAACCACAGGUUUUUAAUGGGUUUGAAGUCUUUAGACAUUGCAAAAUGUUGAUUUUGUGGCCAAUUAACCAUUUCUUUGUGGAUUUUGAUGUGUGCUUAGGGAUAUUGUCUUGCUGGAAGAUACACCUGCGGCCAAGGCAACCAGAUUUCCUCCUAAAAUAUCCUGGUACUGGAUAAAGUUAAUGAUGCCGUUGACCUUAAAGGAGGCUGUAGUUUUUUUUUACAACCAAAUCUCUAUUUUUGUAAAUGGCAUGUUAUAGAAGGGUCCAAACACUUAUUUUGCAAUUUCACUUGUUUUUGAGAAACAUACCCCAACCAGCGAGUCACUUCCUCAUCCUCGUUGUGUAGUACGGGGGGGCUCUGAAAAAACGUGACAAAUGCUCCAGAAACACCAAAAUACGUCCUUUUAGAAACGGAAAAGCUCUCAGUAUAGUGAUUCAGCUCUUUAGAUGUUGUACACAUUAUAUUGUCAUUAAACUUUAUCUGCAAGGUUAUAUUCCAUUUUGUGUGACUCAAGCGGUUUUCACUCUCCAGCUUGUUCCAUUCUAUGUGUAGCCUGCUUCUAGAAUGGACGGAGAGGUGUCGCUCGAGAUGCAACUCAAUGGAAUAUAGCGUUGUGGAUAAGGUUUGGAAUGACACAAUUUCAAAUGUACAACAUCUAAAGACCUGCAUCCCUAUACUGAGAGCUUUUCGGUUUCUAGAAGGAAAUAUUUGGAGUAUUUUUUUCAUGUUGUUCAUUUUUAGAAUAAGGCUGUAACGUAACAAAAUGUGGAAAAAAAGUCAAGGGCUCUGAAUACUUUCCGAAUGCACAGAGAGAGAUCAGUGUGUGUGUGGAGUCGGUGCAAGCGAGGGUCAAUGCAGGUAGCCUUAUGGCUUGGGGUUAGAAGCUGUUCAGGGUCCUGUUUAGCAAACUUCCGGCAUUUACAUUUGUUGAAUUACAUGAAAAUUGAGCUCUUUGGCCAUGAACACCAGAGGGGGGAUUGGUGUCAAAAUGAGAGAAUGCAUGACCAGAAAAGAAGCCCAUACCUACUAUAAAAUAUGGUGCUGGAUCUUUGAUGUUAUGGGGGUAUUUUGCUUCCACUGGUCCUGGGGCCCUUUUUUUAAGGGCUACUGCAUCAUGAACGUUACCCUGUACCAGGAUAUUUUAUCCAAAAACCUGAUUGCCUCUGCCAGGAGGCUGAAACUUGGCCGCAAGUGGUUCUUUCAGCAAGACAUUAACCCCAAGCACACAUGGAAUUCCACAAAGAAAUGGUUAAUUGUCCCAAAAAAUCUGAAUUCAUCUCAGUCUCUGGAAACCCAUUGAAAACCUGUGGUUUGAAAUGACGAGGGCAGUCCAUAAGCGCAGAUCAAGGAUGUGGAAGGAUUCUGUAUGGAGGAAUGGUCUAAGAUCCCUCCCAAUGUCUUCUCCCACUCAUAAAACAUUUUAGAAAAGUACUUAGUGCCGUUAUCCUCACAAGGUGAGGUAUUGAAAACAGUGGUGUCAGUAAUGUUUUUCCACUACCUUUUUGAGAGGAGAAAAUUAUUACUUUUGAAACAAAAUCUCUCUCUGAGCAAUUGUAUUAACAUAAAAUAAUUUCCAAAAACUAUUUAGUAUACAAUAUAGCUCAGUAUUUGAAUGUAUUUUAUGCAGUCAUUUUUACCCAUCUGUAUCAACAGUGUCAAUCAUUUCAGACCACACUGUAUGUCCUAGCUAAUUUAACAAGAUGCAUUACAAGCUCAAAACAUUUUUCAACAAAAAUGACAAUUAUGACAAUAGCCGUGGCCAUUCUCAUGACAAUUACUCAUUACCCAAGAUUCCAUAACCUUCACAGCCCUUCUCAUCAUGCCUCUGUAGGUUUUCAUGAGGUUUGCCUCAUUUAUAAUGUUACCAUCACUUAUCGCUCCCUCAGGAAUCAGCAAAGAGGAGCUGGAGGCGGCAGCAGAGGAAGCUCUGGAGGAUGAGCCUGUGAAGGCCAAGAAGAGGAAGUAAGUCCCCAGUCCUCUCCACCCAAGGGCCCAACACGGGCCAAUAGAGGCAUGAGGAGGCACUCAGUCAUUCUUCCUCUUGUCUGAACAGAUAAAACAGCAUGUACAAAUAAACCCAUGAUGUACUCUGGCUAAAAAUCUAAAUUGUUAGUUUAAGGUUACGUUUUUUUGGUCAUCAAACCCUAAAUUGCUUUAGUUGGAUCUGUUCCUGUGGGGGUGGAGGGACUUGACUCUUUUGGUGGGAAGUAGUCUUUGACCCAGCUUGCACUGACUUAGUAAAGUCUGAUUUAUGUCUUCACUGGGUCUGUUAAAGUGGUGAAUCAAUCAAUCACUGUCCAGGUUACCCAAUCAGUCACUGUUUCCCAUCAGUGCCCUCCAAGCCUGCCUCUCCCUGCUACCCCAAACACUGGUCCUGUUGCACAGGAGACUAUUGUUCAGGGAAAAGGCCUGUAGAACACAUGGUGAUGCCAACAUGGGCCUCCAAGGUAACCACCUUGCUUCUAAAACUACUGCUUUAGGAUCCCAAAUGAAACAGCAAAUUAAGAAAUUCACCUCACUGCCCCGUCCCGCCCUAGCUUUAUGUGAUUGUGGAACGGAAUUCAAAUCCAUGACAAUGAAUAUCAGUGGUCAGUUAUUUGACAAAUCCUACCCCUCCCAACCUAAUAGGACCUACGCAAAGCCUACCAUAUAUAAUUUGGAGUCCACUCAUUUGUUAGAGAUGGCCAAUAAUCGAACAGUCAAGUAUAGUGCACCUCUCCACUAUUUCUUCAAGUCAAACCACCUGGAUAGCGAUAACGGAGCAGAACAUAUCCUUUCCCUAUUUUAAAGAACUCAAGUUGCACCCCAGUCCCCUAACCUCCCCAUCUAUCAUCAAAUCAAAUGUAUUUAUAAAGCCCUUUUUACAUCAGCAGAUGUCACAAAGUGCUUAUAGCUCUCCCCUGUCCCCGUGUGCCUGGUCCCCUGACGCGUUCCCUCUGCUUGCAGGAAGGAGGAAGUGAUGAAAGAGGCGGACUCUGAGAAAGAGGCAGCCAUGGAGGCGGAGCUGAAGGCUGCCCGAGAGCGGGCCAUCGUGCCCCUGGAGAACCGCAUGACACAGUUCAGGGACAUGCUGCUGAAGAGAGGGGUAAAACACUUCAAUCCAACGCAAUACUGUAACCAGCUCUGUAAUGUUAGACACAUUAAUCUGAAUGGAAGCCCACCAAGGUACACUCUUCAGUUAAUUCUCCUUGUCUUUGGUGCACUGUUGUAUUCCUGUUCCUCUCCCUCCUGCCUCUAUCUCUGUCCUCUCUCUUAUGCUCAGUUGAAUGACAAAUACUUUUCUGCUUAUGUUUUGCUUUGGUAAUACAAAAAAAGAAUAAUAAUGAAAAAAAAAAAAAGUUAGGUUUAAAAUGUUAUACACAUCUAUAAUGGUCUGAUUUUAAUUGUAAUGAUAGGCUAUGGAUUUAACAUUUCACUAUUCUAUGUAGGGAAGAAAUUGUCUAAUCUAUUAAUUGUACAUAACGGUGCCAGUUUCAUAUUUUUCUUUUUUUACGAAAUGACUCAUGCCAUAUGCUGUGUUUUUAACUCUAGCUUUUAAUAGAAUUCAGCUGUUAGGUUUGUCCAAUACAUCCAUCAGAUCCAUGUUUGUCUACAGACCUGCACUGCCAAUGACAGUCGUAAUGUUCCUUGUUUACAAACUGGCAUGCAGAGUAGAUAAUAGCCUGUUUUCAUAUUAUAGUCUCUAAUCUGGGAUCAGCUUUCUUGUCUUCACCUUCUGUUUAUGUAUUAUAUGAACUAUGUAUCAACUUUUCUAUCCUAUAUGACUAAACAGAUGUGUUCAGCUUCUGUUCUGCCCCAACAGAGGCUUAUUGUAACUGACUCAUGCAAAGCAGCGAUAAAAAAAAAAAUAAAAAAAAGAAUUGGAUUGUAAAGCAAAUUAAACUACCCUAGCAGGGGAUUUAUUGGCGCUGCCUAACUGGUCUCUGGAGCCUUUUCCAUGGGCACCACCAGGCAUGAUGCAGACCUUUAUUGCCUUACUCUGCUCAUAUUGCAUUGUUCCUUUGGGUGCCAGUAGUUUGAGGAGUAAAACUUGACUCAUUCCGCCCCUUUUUAGAUUUAAUGGGGGUCGACCAAAGGAUUAUAAGUUGACUGAUGACAUGAAAUUGUUAUGUGGAUGUUGUUGAAGCCCACCUUGAUUGGCCUGGUCUCAUGCCCUCUUUAACCCCGUGCCCACAGGUCUCGGCAUUCUCUACCUGGGAGAAAGAGCUGCACAAGAUUGUUUUUGACCCGCGAUAUCUGCUGCUCAAUCCCAAAGAGAGAAAGCAGGUAUUGUACACUUACAGAAUGAAUGAAUCAAUUAAUCUAUACAUUAAUCAAGUUCUUAAAGUAUAAUUAUUAUAUUUUUUGUGCCAUAUUCUGUGUUAUUAUGGUAAUAUGAGCUAUGUUUCACUUUGGGGGGGAAAGGUCAGAGCCCUGAUAACAGGUAAGGUAUGAAUUUCCCAAGGGGUUACCUGCCACGCCUGUCUUCAUUUAGGCUGACUAUUGUUCCAUGUGUCUGCUGGCCUUGUGCAGGUGUUUGACCAGUAUGUGAAGACCCGGGCUGAGGAGGAGAGGAAGGAGAAGAAGAACAAGCUGAUGCAGUCUAAGGACGAGUUCAGGAAGAUGAUGGAGGAUGCUAAGCUCACUGCCAGGUCAGACCUCACUAAAAACAACACCCAUUAGUUCAAACAUCGACUUGGUGUAUACCCGGCAGUUGAUUAGUGCAUACAUUGUCUUGGUAUACCAGGCAGUUGAUUAGUGCAUACAUUGUCUUGGUAUACCAGGCUGUUGCACUCAUUACUAAUUUAUUGUCAGGUGUACAUUUGCAUUGUCAGUGUUUCUUGGACAACUAAGAGUGUUUGUUUGUUUCAGGACAACGUUCAGUGAGUUUGCCUCCAAGCACGCCAAGGACCCACGGUUCAAGGCCAUAGAGAAGAUGAAGGACCGGGAGGCCAUCUUCAUCGAGUUCAUGACCGCUCUCAAGAAGAAAGAGAAGGAGGACUCCAAGAACAGAGGAGAGAAGGUGAGCACUGGACUGGAAACCCCCAUAACCCACUGAAUACAGAAGCCUGAGGAAAUGUGUUGGACAAGAACCUAGCUGCCUGGAUUGUGUGCUUAGGGAAACCUGGAAGAAAUACCUAAAUUCAAUUAAGUGAAAACAUUUUAGAACAAUCAUUUAAGUUGUUGUUGAAUGUCUACCUGACCAAGUGUGUAUGUUCCUCUUAUAAAACUGGUCUGCCCUCGUGUCUGUCCCAGGUGAAGCAGGACUUCUUUGAACUUCUUGGGGACCACCACCUGGACGGUGGGCAGCGCUGGAGCAAGGUGAAGGACAAGCUGGAGGGAGACCCCCGCUACAAGGCUGUGGAGAGCUCCAACACCAGAGAGGAACUCUACAAGCAGUAUGUGGACAAGCAGGCCAAGGUGGGAGGAACAGCCAUGGCACCUCGCUCAGAGGCUGCCUGCACCGCUCAUUCAUACUCUGACUCCAGCUUGCAACGUGUCAUCUUCUGGCAUUUAACCCAGCCCACUAUUCAGUGGCGUGCGGUUAGGCGGUGUUUAGGACUUUGACGUGAUGGCUGUCAUCGGUCAUGCCGCCUGUGAUGAUUGCAGGCCUCUGUGUGUGUAUAUGAUGAUGCUGCCAGAGUGUGUGUGUGUGACGGUCUCUCUCUCUCUGCUGCCAGCACAUGGACUCUGAUAAGGAGAAGGAGAUGGAGCGAGCCGCCAGGAUAGAGGCCAGUCUGAGGGAGAGGGAGCGCGAGGUGCAGAAGGCCCGCUCUGAGCAGACCAAGGAGAUCGACAGAGAACGGGAGCAGCACAAGAGGGAGGAAGCCAUCCAGCACUUCAGAGCCCUCAUGUCGGAUAUGGUGAGCUCUCCCUGUCUCUCACACACACACCUGAAGUUAGUUCACUGAAUAAGAAAAAUAGGACUACAAUUGCUAGUUGAACUUGGGUGAACCAAAAAUUGUUUUAUAUCAGGCCCAGUUUGAUAUGACCACUGAAUAGUUUGAAGGGUGAACAGGCAGAUAAGAGUGCGAAAAGUAACCUAAUUAUUUUUGAAUGCAUUGAUGCACAGACUUGUGUUGUGCAGUGAUUAUGUGGACAAAGAACUGUGCCAGAUCCUAAUGCUGGUGUGUGUUGUGAUCAGGUGAGGUCGUCUGACGCGUCGUGGUCUGACACCCGACGUAACCUGCGUAAGGACCACCGCUGGGAGUCUGCCUCUCUGCUGGAGAGAGAUGACAAGGAGAAACUGUUCAACGAACACGUGGAGGCGCUCUCCAAGAAGAAGAAGGAACACUUCAGGCAGCUACUGGACGAGACCGUCAUGGUGAGGGACAACGUUUUGGCUGGUGUUACACUCCAUUCCAGGGCAUAUGUACACUGACAUGGCUGCGUGAAAUGGGAACUCACUGCAGUCCAUCUGUGCAUGAACAUGCUGUUGACAUAGAGGCGGCACUGUAGACCACCGACCAUGCAUGUCAUUCAGAUAUAGCGUGUAAUCCUGUGACAAAUGACUUGGUAGUAAGUGCUGUUAUUGAUGACUGUUCGCCACAGAUCACACUGACCACCACAUGGAAGGAAGUGAAGAAGAUCAUCAAAGAGGACCCUCGCUGUAUCAAGUUCUCCAGUAGUGACAGAGUAAGACCUUUUUUCUCUUUACGUUACCGGGUGCUACUGGUUACGUCAGCUACCCAUGUACUGAGUUAACACCAGGCAGAAACACUGAGGGGUUUGUGUUCUCUGUAUCUCAGAAAAAACAGAGGGAGUUUGAAGACUACAUCAAAGACAAGUACAUCACAGCCAAAGCUGACUUCCGAACGCUUCUGAAAGAGACCAAGUUCAUCACGUACAGGUGGGUGCUUGAGAACACAUGGGCUAGAUUAAAUGUUUUACACUGGUACCUGAGGGAAUAAGGUUUCAAUUGACAUUUAUCAUAAGUCGUUUUUUUUUUAAAUGCCAUUUAUACUUACAAUUAAGAAUGGAGAGUCAAACAAUUGCUUGAUCUAUAUUGCGCCAGCAGGAGGUGCUGUUGGUUCAUCUGCACUGCCUCUUUACUCCUCCUAUCCUGUUGAAUUGUGGUGUAGUCGUACUGUAGUCACAAGAUAUCGGCAAGAGCCACAUUCACGUUUCUCCCAACACGUUAUUUUCCACUGACUGCUUCCACCCAUGUUGUCCUCAGGUCGCGGAAGUUGCUCCAGGAGACUGACCAGCACCUGAAGGACGUGGAGAAGGUUCUGCAGAACGACAAGCGUUACCUGGUGCUGGACUGUGUCCCGGAGGAGAGGAGUAAACUCAUCAUGUUCUACAUCGAGGACCUGGACCGCCGGGGUCCCCCUCCUCCCCCCACCGCCUCGGAGCCCACGCGCCGCUCCACCAAGUGA